ACCAAAGAGUAUGGAUUCCUGCAGUCACGAAAGCUUAAAAUCAAGAUAGUAUUCGUUAUUUUUGCUGUAAUCAAUCUUGUCCAUCCCUUCACGUCUGCCCCCUCUUUGUUUCUACCGCAGCCUCUCCCGAGCUACAUGACCUUCGUGCAGAAGGCCACCCUGUGGGGUCAGGGUCCUUUCGCUACCGCGCCUGCAGGUCGCUCAGCGGAGAGAGACGAACCGUGUCCACGCUACUUGGCCCACAUGCUCCUGACCCCCAAGGCUCCCCCCUGCAGGUCGCACCGAGCAGCCCACCGCCCCCAACGUAGCGACCCCAAUCCGCCUCUGCGCGCUUCGAGGGGACCUCCACGGACACGGGACCCCGGGUGCCCGGCUCCCUUCUGCAAGUGGCCCCCGCCCUGCGCGACCCUGCCGAAUCGGAACCUAUGGCCACAGCACUGGAGCAAGCACCGCGUCCUCCACCCUCCUGCUCCCUGCUCACCACAGGCCGAGUGGCCUGGGAGGCGAGCGGAACACAAGAACCGGUGCACUGCGGAGAAGAAGACGCCUGAGGCAAGGGGAAGCUGGACACCUCUAGGAGAAAGGAAGCGGGCUGAACCUCUCCUGGAUGUCCCGGAGGCCACGGGCAGAGCCGGGGUGGGUGCAGGGGACAGCUGUGGUGGGGCACAGCGUGAGGAAGACCAUCGGGAUGAUCCAGUGGGUAUGCGGGGCAUGGUGGCAGAGGAGGAGGAUAAGGAGGAAGAGGGGGAGAAAGAGGUUGGUGCUCGAAUGGAGCAGAAAAUGGAGACGCGUAGCCUUACAUCUGAAAGGGAGUCGCUUCUGGAUACUGAUGAUGAUUUCUCGGGACGCGUGACGCCGCUGAGCGGGCUCUGCUCCUCCCUGGAGGCGAGCCCCGGCGCGGGGAGCUUCUCCGGCCGUUCUUCUCUCUCCUCUGCCAUCCCCAGCGCGCGCGACAAGUGCCGAAGGUUCCUCGAGGACUUCCCUGACGAGGUGGUGGUGGUGAACCGGUGUGACGUUCAGGUGCAAGGCGCUCAAGGUGUAUCAGCGCUGACCAGCAGGAGCAGCUCCAACUGGAUUGAGUGCGGAUCUGGUCCCUUGAGCCGGCGGAGAUCUGGUGAAGCCGAUGCGGGUGGAUGCCCCUACCCUGUCUUACCACCCAUCUCUCCGCGUGUCGGCUCAGCGUUUGCGUGCGUCAGCGACACGGCGGGGGACAAAGCAGUGGAGCGAGCAUGCGAGGAGGAAGGCGACUCUGAGAUCCCUCCUGAUCCCGCAGCCCUGAGCCAGGAAGCAGGAGACACCGCGGGCGAACUCCCAGCUGAUUGCCAGGGGUCACCGGACAAAACGAAACACGCAGAGGGGCCACGAGCGGGAGAAACCACAAACUCCGGGCAGGAGGGGUGGGGCAUCCUCCUGGACCUUCUCCCCUCGGGGGACGCGAUGGACUUCUGGUUGGCGAGAGCCGACGAGGCCUGGGGCGAGACGGGGGAGCGGGAAGACGACGACGACGAUGGGGAGGUGGUGGUGGAAGAAGAGGAAGGGGAGAGAAUGCUCGCUCGCAACGAGCGACACGACGAGGCGGCGGAUGCACGUGAUGGCGUGAAAACAACCACUCCUGACAUCUGCCACUCAUCACCACCAGCAACUCUCGUGCGGGCUGCAUCCUGUGACGAGCGCGGAGACGUCCAGGCCUGCGCUGUCCCCUGCCACUCCACGCGUCGCCCCUGCCGUGCCGCGACGUUCCGCACGCACCGCACAGGUGGGGAGAAGGCCUGCGCCCGGGAAGCGGUGCCCGAGGAGCGAGAGCAGCACGGGAGCGGGGAGAGGGACACGGGCGUGAUGGAGGAAGGCCCCGAGCGGGGACGCGAGGAGUCGAGGGAGGCCCGGGAGCGACGGUUGGAGCGGGCCGAGGGCGUCGCGCGGGCCCAGGCGCUGCUGCAGCGACUGCGCGACGCCGAGCGGCCGGCGGUGCCCGCGAUCGGCGGGGUCGGUGGCGGCGGGAGCCCCAACGUCUCCAACUUCGACGACUUCGAUUUUCUGGCCAAGUACUGCAUCUUCAACCAGCAGGCCCUGGGAGAAUACCAGCGUGCAUUCUCUGCCGUGGAUGAGGAUGAGGACGGGUACCUGUCGGGAGCCGAGGUGUGCGUCGCCCUCAAGGCGGUGCUGCCCCCCGGCUCGCUGACCGACGCCGAGGAGAUCUACGUCUACCGUGUUUUGGAGAUCGUGGAUUACCGCGUCGCCGACGGGCUCACCGACUUCCGCCUGUUCGCCGUCAUCGCCAGCCUCGCUCGUCGCAUAGCUGCCCUCGAUGACUUUAUGCGAAAUCUCAUCAACCACAUGGACUUCAAGGCCCUGGAAAUGCGCAUGAGUAAAGCCAGGGCCCUGUUCGAGUGCAACGUGGAGGCACACACGCGGCGCAUCCAGCCGGCCCAGCUCGCGCUGGAGCUACGCGCGGGCGGCGUGAGCGGCGGUCCCCAGGACCGGUCGCUCGACCUCCUCGACUUCCUCUCCUUCCUGCCGCUCUUCGUGCGCAUCCACGGCAGCGUGCUCGCUCGCCCGCUCGCCUCCCCGUGACUCGACGGCGGUGGUGGCGUCGGCGCCGCUUCUCUCCCCCCCCACCACCACCACCACCCCUCCCGGGGUCCCAACCUCGGGGCUCAACGGUUUGGGGAAAAUCUGUAAUAGACAUUUUUCUGGCGGAUAUUUGCGAUUGCGAUGCGAUUUGCGAUUCAAUUUGUUGAAGUCAAGCUUCAGGUCAAUAUUCACUGUGUGAUAGAUUUAAAACACGUGAUGGAGCAGUACCACGUGAUGUCAUCAAAGUAUGAACUGCUCUAUAUAUUCUGGGGCCGUCCAUAAAUGACGUCACGCGAUU